CCCGUGCGUAUGUAGGUUGUAUGGUAUCCCAAUGCAUGCAUGUACACUUGAUUAUUGAUGAUGCUGUCGUGCGCAAUGUUGGUUCGUUUUCUCUGCGUUCGUUCCAGCUGAAUGGAUGAAGGGAUGAGCAGCAGAGCCAAGAAUAAACACAGGCCAGGCCAGGCAGGCAGCAGCUGGGCGAUCCUGUUCCUUCCCAGUAGGCAGUAGCUAGGACAGUACGCACCGCACGUGUCUAUAUAUAUAACCAAGCAACAUACAUGAGGAAGGGAGGGACUAGCUAGCAAGCUGCACUUGCUUGAAUUAGAUCAUCCAUGGAGGUGGUGCCGGCGGCGAAGAAGAGCAAGGCAUCAUCUCGGUUCCGGCGGGUGUGCGUGUUCUGCGGCAGCAGCCCCGGGAAGAAGGCGGCCUACCAGCUCGCCGCCGUCCAGCUCGGCCGCCAGCUGGUGGAGCGCGGCAUCGACCUUGUGUACGGCGGCGGCAGCGUUGGUCUGAUGGGUCUCGUCUCCCGCGCCGUCCACAACGCCGGCGGGCACGUGCUGGGGAUCGCGCCCAAGGCGGUGCUGCCGCGGGAGCUCAUCGGCGACACGCCGGGGGAGCUCAAGGACGUGCCCGGGAUGCACCAGCGGAAGGCCGAGAUGGCGCGAAACGCCGACGCAUUCAUCGCGCUCCCCGGUGGGUAUGGCACCCUGGAGGAGCUCCUUGAGGUCAUCACCUGGGCCCAGCUUGGCAUCCACAGCAAGCCGGUGGGCCUCCUCAACGUCGACGGCUACUACGACUCGCUGCUCUCCUUCGUCGACAGGGCCGUCGAGGAAGGCUUCGUCACCCCCGCCGCGCGCCACAUCGUCGUCGCCGCCCACACGCCCCACGACCUGCUCGCCAUGCUCGAGGACUACGUCCCCGUCCACGACGCCGACGAGCCCAAGCUCAGCUGGGAGAUGGCCGAGCACAUCAUCAAGUCCUCAUCGUCCGACGACCACCACACCUCACUACUCUUCUCACGCUAGCUACCUACCUACCAUUUACUACUUACUACUCCAUCGACCAUAUACAUAUUCAAUAUAAUAUUCACAAUGACCGACUUAUUAACUAUAUAUGAUGAUUUGUUCGUCCUCAACAUCAUCAUCUAUCACAAAUUCACAAUGGUAUGAUUACAAGAAGAUCGCCAACCUAGCAAUGUAUAUGUGGUCAAUUCUCCAAAAUAAUAUGAUAGUCUACCGUGGA